UUUAAAUUUUGUACUCGAAAAGUCGAGAUAGAAUAUUCCGGAUCUGUAUUUUGUAAACUAAAACGAUUUUAUUUACCUUCCUAUCCAGUGAAAAGCUAGUAAAGAUUAGAAGAAUAUUUGAUACAUCAACCCGCUCUAAAUUUAUUGUGUGUUUUUUCAAUAAAUAUCUUUAAUCUAAUAAAAAAUGGUUGACUACAGCAAGUGGAAGGAUAUUGAGAUUUCUGAUGAUGAAGAUGAAACUCACCCAAACAUUGACACGCCGUCGCUAUUCAGGUGGCGUCACCAAGCAAGGAUCGAGAGAAUGGAAGAACGAAGACGAGAGCAAGAAGAAUUCGAGCAGCGUAAAAACGAAACUUUGAGACAACUUAAUGAAACUAAAAGAAAGUUAGCAGAAGUACCCCCUGAAAGCCCAGACAUGGACUCCCUAAAAAAAGCUCUUAAAGAAUUAGAAGAUAAAGAGAGGGAGAUAAAAAAUAAAGAAGAAGAGCUUAAGAAGAAAGAGAAACAUACACCAUGGAAUGUAGAUACAAUCAGUGAACCUGGCUUUACUAAAACUAUAAUAAACACAAAACCAGGCCGGCCCAAAGACGAAAACUUGACUGAAGAAGAAAAAGAGGCUAAAAUGAAAAAAUUCAUCAAAGAAAAUGAAAAAUUGCUGAAAAAGUUUGGUAUGCUGAGAAAAUAUGAUGACUCAAAGCAAUUUCUACAAGAGCAUAAUCACCUUGCUUGUGAAGAGACUGCAAAUUAUCUUGUGAUUUGGUGUAUUAAUUUGGAAAUGGAAGAUAAACAUGAUUUAAUGGCACAUGUGGCACACCAGACAAUAUGCAUGCAGUACAUACUUGAGCUUUCGAAGCAGUUGGAUGUUGACCCCAGAGCUUGUAUCUCAUCGUUCUUCUCAAGAAUUCAAGUUGCUGAGAAAACGUAUAAAGAUUCAUUUGACGAUGAGCUUGAGCAGUUCAAGGCAAGAAUCAAGAAGCGGGCUGCAGAAAAGAUUCAAGAAGCACUUCGUGAACAAGAGGAGGAGGAGAGGCAAGCGAGACUAGGUCCUGGCGGUCUUGACCCUGUUGAAGUUUACGAGGAAUUACCUGAUGAAUUAAAGAAAUGUUUUGAUUCCCAAGAUGUCCCAAUGCUCCAGGCUACUAUUGCAAAAAUGCCUGAGACAGAAGCAGUUUACUACAUGAAGAGGUGUGUUGACUCUGGUUUGUGGGUGCCCAGCAAAAAUGACGAAGAACCAACGAUGGGGGAGAGUACUGCAGUGUCGAAAGAUAGAGAAGCUUCCGCUGAUGCUGAAAUUGUUGAUUGAAAAGUAAGAUGCUGUUGAUUUUGUGUAGAAGACAUCAAUGAAAUUAUUUUCAGUGUAAAUUUAUGUUUAAUUAAGAAACAUUGAUAGAAGCAUUUUAAGAUUUUAUUAACUACUCCAUUGAAACUCUAUCUUUAUAGAAAAUUCACAAUAAUUUAUCACUUUCCGAGAGAUAUUAAAUUUCCAUAUAUACAAUUGACAAUGUAGUGAGUCCUACUUCUUUUACAUUGAUAAUUAUCUUAAAUACAACUUAUUUAAUUAAAAUAUAGGUAUGCUUUAUAUGACACUAAUAAAAUAACACCAGUUUACAAUAUCUGUCGACUGUCAUCAAAAAUAUAGUAUAAAAAAAGUAAAAAUAUAUAAUAAACAGGAGUCUGCAUUAUUUAUACUUUGUUAUAGUCAAUAAACACUAAAGAUUAUAUUUUAAA